AGAGACCAAACAUUCUGCCAACGGUGGUGUGAUGGAGUUUCGAUCGUGGAUGGAUUUCUCCUGUUGAAUGUUGGCCACAGCGGGGACCCGAGCCAUCGAGUGGUGCGAGUAAGCGACCGAAGGUACAUCCGCUUUCUUAGGCCCUAUAAUUUAGCGGGUACGUGACAGGAACUAUAAAUAAAGUGUGUCCGAAUGCUUGUAACGCAAUCAGGAGCGCUUUUUUUCCUUUGGAAGUUUUUCGUCCACGCGCAAAGAAAUUGAAUCUGGUGUGCUGAACCAAACCAAAAAAAAAUAAAAUAAUACACGCACACACCGUGAUAAAGCAAACAACAAAAAAGGACACUGAAGCAACAGAAAAAAGGGAUCCCGUAGAUUGACAAAUUGGAAUCGAGCACGCUGAGGUUCGAGGGAUCGUGAGCGUUUGGUAAUUUGCAUUUUUCGGCUGCAAGAAUUUCGGGCAAUUCUAUUCCACCAACUGUGCUGGUGCUUCUUUUUUAUGCUCCCACCACCGGUGCCACUGUUGGCGGGGGUGUACGCGACCGGAUUUCGGACAUUACGGAUGCGAACCGGGCUGCCUAAAUAUUAUCGGUGCCGUGAUUUAUCCCGGUCGUGAUCCUGCUGGCACGCAGGGAAUGUCAUUCUCCCUUCCGGGCUCUCCAGCGUGCUACAGAGCGAAAAGAUUUGAAGUGAAUGUGAAUUAUGGAGUGAUCGAUAGUAGAAGUGGAAAGUGGAUAGAAAAGGGUCAGCGACAGUGAACGCAGCAGAAAUAGGAAAGAAAAGCGAAGAAAAUGUAACAAACACUCAAAAAAAAAAAAACCAGAAGCAAAGGAGCAUUCGCGAACGUAAAAAGGACGAGUCGUCCCAGCUCCACCGCGAACAUUAUUGUCUAACAAUCCGUGUAAGAAGGUGUGAAAGAAGCAACUUUCCCGGGUGAAAGGAUUCGCAAAUUUAACCUUAUCCCACAGCCACGUCCACUUUUAGCACAACACGUAGGCAAACACCGCUGCUUACGUGCGUUACACAUCCCGCGUGCUCACCGAGAACUUCGGCCCCGUUCGCAGAUGGAUUACCGAGAUGGCCGUACCGGCCCACCGGAAUGGGUUGUUAGCGGACUGAAAUGAUGUUCGACUACCAAGGGAUCAGUUGACACUGUUUGAGCAACUUACGAAGCACGCACGGCACUAGCUAAAGAUGAUUGGAAGCGUAGGAGGUCGACAUAUGUCGACACGGCGACGGGGCUCGUCCCCUAUGGUGCGCCUAGGGAACAAUCUUAACCUGCAGCUGGAACCACCCGAUGGGCUCAAUACACCGCGAGUGUCACCGAGACGGAGGCGAGCGGUGACCACCAGUGACCAUAAAAGCUGUGCAUUAAUUCAAACAAGACUGAAACUAGGAGACAUCAUGUUAGCUGCGGCUCAAGAAGCGGCGCUCGCAGGUCAGACCUCGAACGGGACACAGUUUGGACGCAAAGGAGGCCACUAUUUAGCUGAUAGAAUGGGUGGCCCCAGCAGUCAAGGGGGUCAGCCUCUGGCUGGAGGCGGACCCACCUCGUUAUUUAUUUUAUCAGAGGACAACAUCAUUAGAAAAUACACACGAUUCAUAAUUGAAUGGCCUCCGUUCGAGUACGCUGUGCUGCUGACAAUCAUUGCCAAUUGCGUGGUAUUGGCUCUGGAGGAGCACUUACCUCAUGGGGACAAGACGAUACUUGCUCAGAAGCUGGAAAAAACGGAAGCAUAUUUUUUGGGCAUCUUUUGCGUCGAAGCAUCACUGAAGAUCCUCGCCUUAGGGUUUGUUAUGCACAAACACUCCUACCUCAGGAACAUAUGGAACAUAAUGGAUUUUUUCGUCGUAGUUACGGGAUUCAUCACAUUGUUCCCCCAAAAGGGACCGGAAGUAGAUCUGAGAACACUAAGGGCGAUCCGUGUGUUAAGGCCCUUAAAAUUAGUUUCUGGAAUUCCUAGUUUACAGGUAGUCUUAAAAUCAAUCAUCAAAGCCAUGGCACCAUUGCUGCAGAUAGGCUUGUUGGUCUUGUUUGCAAUUGUUAUCUUUGCAAUCAUAGGCUUAGAAUUUUACUCCGGUGCGCUGCACAGGAGUUGUUAUAGCUUAGAGGAUAUCUCGCAAAUUGUGAAAGAGGGCGAAUUUCCUACGCCUUGCAAUGCAGAUAACGAUACGAUAGCACCGACCGGUGCGUACGUCUGCAACAGCAGCGACAGCACCUGCAUUGAGCAGUGGGAAGGGCCCAACUUUGGCAUCACUAGCUUCGAUAAUAUCGGUUUCGCCAUGUUAACCGUAUUCCAAUGCAUCACCAUGGAGGGCUGGACGGCGAUACUGUACUGGACGAACGAUGCGCUCGGUUCGACGUUUAAUUGGAUCUACUUCGUGCCGCUCAUCGUGCUGGGGUCCUUUUUCAUGCUUAAUCUAGUUCUCGGUGUGCUCAGCGGAGAGUUUGCAAAGGAGAGGGAAAAAGUAGAAAACCGCCAAGAGUUUCUGAAGCUACGUAGGCAACAGCAGCUAGAAAAAGAACUAAACGGCUACGUCGAGUGGAUUUGUAAAGCGGAGGAAGUAAUCCUGGCCGAGGAGCGCACCACCGAGGAGGAACGGUUGCACAUCAUGGAAGCCCGGAGGCGUGCUGCUGCCAAGCGGAAAAAGCUGAAAAAUCUCGGCAAAUCCAAAUCUACCGACACCGAGGAGGAUGAUCCGGAUGAUGAUUGUGGUGAUGACGGAUACCUUAAAGCCAAAGUGAAAACACAAGGGAAAUGUAAAGGGUUCUGGAGGGCGGAGAAGCGAUUCCGAUUCUGGAUUAGGCACACGGUGAAAACGCAGUGGUUCUACUGGUUCGUCAUAGUGCUGGUCUUUUUCAACACCGUCUGCGUGGCGGUCGAACACUAUGGACAGCCGAACUGGUUGACACAGUUUUUGUAUUACGCGGAGUAUGUGUUCCUCGGACUGUUCAUGAUGGAGAUGUGGAUCAAGAUGUAUGCACUGGGGCCAAGAAUAUACUUCGAGUCAUCCUUCAACCGGUUCGAUUGUGUCGUCAUCAGUGGGUCGAUAUUCGAGGUGGUGUGGUCAGAGGUGAAGGGAGGAUCGUUCGGUUUGUCUGUGCUGAGAGCAUUACGCUUGCUGCGAAUAUUUAAGGUCACCAAGUACUGGUCCUCGCUUCGUAAUCUUGUCAUCUCGCUGCUCAAUUCAAUGAGAUCCAUCAUUUCGUUGCUGUUCUUGUUGUUCCUGUUCAUACUGAUCUUCGCGCUGCUCGGCAUGCAGCUGUUUGGUGGUCAGUUCAACCUGCCCGACGGUACACCGCCAACGAACUUCAACACGUUUCCAAUCGCGCUGCUGACCGUGUUCCAAAUUCUCACCGGCGAAGAUUGGAAUGAAGUCAUGUACCAGGGCAUCGAGUCGCAGGGCGGCCACAAGAAGGGCAUGAUCUACUCGCUCUACUUCAUCAUUCUGGUGCUGUUCGGUAACUACACACUGCUGAACGUAUUCUUGGCUAUCGCUGUCGACAAUUUGGCCAACGCACAGGAGUUAACCGCCGCCGAGGAGGAGCAACUGGAGGAGAACAAGGAAAAACAGCAGAUGGAGCUGGACAAGGAAAUGGAAGCGCUGCAGAUGCAAACGGACGGGUCGCCGCCACGCAACGGUAGCGGUGGUAGCACAAAAGGAAAGAAAAAGGAGGAAGACAAGGAGGAGGACGACGAUGAGAUACCGGAUGGGCCAAAACCGAUGCUGCCAUACUCAUCCAUGUUUGUGCUGUCUCCAACUAACCCUAUACGUUGUGCGGCCCAUUGGGUAGUAAAUCUACGAUACUUUGACUUCUUCAUCAUGGUCGUUAUCUCACUGUCAUCGAUCGCACUAGCCGCCGAGGAUCCCGUCGAGGAAGACUCGCCCCGCAACAAAAUACUCAACUUCUUCGAUUACGCCUUUACCGGCGUGUUUACGAUCGAGAUGUUGCUCAAGAUCGUCGAUCUCGGCGUUAUACUGCACCCGGGCAGCUAUCUGCGCGAGUUCUGGAACAUUAUGGACGCCGUGGUCGUUAUCUGUGCUGCCGUCAGCUUCGGCUUUGACAUGACCGGCAGCAGUGCCGGUCAGAACCUUUCCACAAUCAAAUCGUUACGGGUGUUGCGCGUGCUGCGUCCGCUGAAAACAAUCAAACGUGUGCCAAAGCUGAAGGCAGUGUUUGAUUGCGUGGUCAACUCGCUCAAGAACGUCAUCAACAUCCUGAUCGUUUACAUACUGUUCCAGUUCAUCUUUGCCGUCAUCGCGGUACAGCUGUUCAAUGGGAAGUUUUUCUACUGCACCGACGACAGCAAGCAUACGAGCGAAGAGUGCAAGGGCCACUUUUUCGUGUAUGAUGGUGCUGAUCAACUGCCACGAAGGGAACCAAGGGAGUGGAAGACACAAAGCUUCCACUACGACAAUGUGGCAACCGCCAUGUUAACAUUGUUCGCCGUACAAACGGGCGAAGGCUGGCCUCAAGUGCUCCAAAACUCGAUGGCCGCUACCUACGAAGACAAGGGUCCAAUCCAAAACUUUCGAAUAGAAAUGUCCAUAUUCUACAUAGUGUACUUCAUAGUGUUUCCAUUCUUCUUUGUUAACAUAUUCGUGGCCUUGAUUAUCAUUACAUUCCAAGAGCAAGGUGAAGCGGAACUACAGGACGGUGAGAUAGAUAAAAAUCAGAAAUCGUGCAUAGACUUUACGAUAGGUGCUAGGCCUCUGGAGCGUUACAUGCCAAACAAGCGGAAUAGUUUUAAAUACAAGGUGUGGCGCAUCGUCGUCUCGACGCCAUUCGAGUACUUUAUAAUGAUGCUGAUCGUGUUCAAUACGCUACUGCUGAUGAUGAAGUAUCACAAUCAAGGAAAAGAGUUUGAGAAAUCGUUAAAAUAUCUCAACAUGGGAUUUACCGGGAUGUUUAGUGUUGAAACGAUACUGAAAAUAAUAGGAUUUGGCGUAAAGAAUUUUUUCAAGGACCCUUGGAAUAUAUUCGAUUUUAUAACAGUUAUCGGAAGUAUUAUCGACGCUUUAGUUCUAGAAUUAGGGGAAAACUCCUUCAACGUUGGAUUCCUAAGACUGUUUCGUGCUGCACGAUUAAUCAAACUACUGCGACAAGGUUAUACAAUACGUAUAUUACUUUGGACAUUUGUUCAAUCAUUCAAAGCACUGCCAUAUGUCUGUUUGCUGAUUGCCAUGCUAUUUUUUAUCUACGCAAUUAUUGGCAUGCAGGUAUUUGGGAAUAUUGAGCUAGAUCCAGAAUCAUCUAUUACUAGACACAACAACUUCCGCUCAUUUGUCCAAGGGCUGAUGCUACUGUUCAGGUGUGCUACGGGCGAGUCGUGGCCGAACAUUAUGCUGGCAUGUCUCAAAGGGAGACCGUGUGACCCGAGAGCUAACAAACCGAACGAAACGUGCGGUUCAACAUUGGCCUACGCAUACUUCGUGUCGUUUAUCUUCUUCUGUUCGUUUCUUAUGUUGAAUCUUUUCGUGGCCGUUAUUAUGGACAACUUUGACUAUCUAACGCGUGAUUCCAGUAUUCUUGGCGCACAUCAUCUGGACGAGUUCGUUCGGAUAUGGGCAGAAUAUGAUCCUAAUGCUACGGGUAAAAUUCACUACACUGAAAUGUAUGAUAUGCUAAAAAACAUGGAUCCUCCCUUGGGAUUUGGUAACAAAUGUCCCAACCGACUCGCCUAUAAAAAGCUCAUACGCAUGAACAUGCCGCUCGAUGCAGAGGGAAAGGUUGCAUUCACCACGACGUUGUUUGCAUUGAUACGGGAGAACCUCAACAUCAAAAUGAGAACUGCCGAAGAGAUGGAUCAAGCAGACAUGGAACUGCGGCACACAAUCAGCCACAUUUGGCCACUGCAGGCGAAAAAAAUGCUCGAUCUGCUCGUCCCGCUCAACGAGGAGCUGAACGCGGGCAAGCUUACCGUGGGGAAGAUUUACGCCGGUUUGCUGAUUCUGGAAUCCUGGCGCAACACCAAGUUUGGCCAGGUCGAAUCGGAUCUGCCGGUAAGUGAGCUGCAGGACGUAUCGAGGCAACCGUCCCUUGAAUCGCUGGCACCUGCGGAUGGCCAUCUGCAUCCGGGGCACGCUUACCAUAACGGACAUCGUAGGUCUCCGAGUUUGAGACGAGAGUCUCCGCUGGUGCGCACACCGAGCCCGCGGAAGCGGCAUCAUCAGCACGAGAUCGGAUUUUCCGACACCGUGUCGAAUGUGGUGGAGAUACAAAAGGAGGAACACAGACGUGGUAGGCAUCAUUUCGGCUAUGCGCACAGGCACAACCGAGGUUCCUGGUCGGCCUCAACCAGCCCCGCCCGUUCGCCAUCGCCCAGUCGUUUCGGUGUACAUAGUAGUGCCCAGCAUCGCAGUAGUAAAGACCGUUCCAAAAACCACCUUGUCCAUCAACCGUACGAUACGACGAUCCUCUGCGAACGAUCGCGUUCGCCCAGCCCGGCCCAGCUACUGCAAGAGCUGCGUGACCGGGACCAGGCCCGGCGGAAGUACCGCAACGGAAUGGGUUCUUCUGGGUCUCAUGUGCAGCACAGUUAUCCUGUGCUUGUGACACGUCGCCAGGGUCAUGGACGCCGGCUACCGCCCACACCUUGCAAACCUUCGACACUACAGCUGAAGCAAACGAACAUUAACUUCCCCAAGCUGAAUGCUAGCCCUACACACACUGGCCAUUCGUCUCACAACACGCCGCACAGCGUCCACUCUCUGCCGCAGUCGCGUGAGUUCCUCCGGGAGCCCAGGGAGCGGGACCGCGACCGGGAUCGGGAUCUGUACUAUCGGGAACGGGACCGGGAACGGGAUCGCGAACGGUUCCGCAACAGUCGCGAACGAAGUCACGAGGAUUACAGCGUUCGGUACGAGUUUCGUGAUCGCGAGCGCGAACUGUACGAGCGCGAACGAGAGAUCGAGCGCGAGUUUGAGCGCGAGUACGAGAGAAUGGAACACUCGGUACCCUUGUCGUACGAGCAGGCCCUAGCCAUGGGUCGCACCGGUGGCCGGGUACUGCCGUCGCCCAUUUUGAACGGCUACAAACCAAAGGGAGCACUCCAUUCGAGACAUUCCGAUUCGGAUGACGAGGACUGGUGCUAGCAUAGGGUGCGAAGGCGGCAGGGCGAACGCAAGCGUCGCGAACAGAUUUGGGUGUAAGACAAAACCAACCCUGCCAUUGAAUGGAGUGCAGUCCUUAGAAAUGCCCAGACGUCGAUAUUUCGAGGCUUUGGCUGAUCGAUAGCAUGAUCUACGAUAUCACUAUACUAGCAGUUGAAGCAGAAACAACUAUAAGACGUUUAGCAAAGCAAAUAGAUAAUACUCUUACGUGCGAUUCGUAAACAUACAGAAAAAAAAAUACAUGACCAGUAACAAGUUUUGGCUUGACCCAAAAUUGCAUUUCCCCUUGAACACACAUCGACUUAUUUGAGGAACUUUCAAACCACGCCGGCACAAGGUGACCGUCCUAUCGGUGGGCUUUUCAUAUGACCAGUGCAACACUAUCGAGGUGAAAAUUCAUGCACCAAGAAGCGAGAAACGUUCAUGCAAUCUCCCGUAAAAGACAGUCAGCCUAGUUUCAGUCGCACACCAUACACAAUAUCGAAGAACGAUCCCAACACUCGAGACUGCUGCUGGUGGACUUAGGAUCACUAAUAAGUACCGAGCAAAAAAAAAAAAAAAGACUGAAAUAAGAAACAGUGAAAACAGAGAAAACAAAACAUAUAAAUGUAACACUUUUACUGCAAGUAACUCGCGAAUCGUCUUGCAGGUUUAGAUUUCGGUCGGUAAUACGGUGGCGUAUGUAUGCGCCUAGAAACCACUAGUUAGGAUGAAAUUAGCACAUUCGCCCGGGUGUUUUACCCGUUUGGUUUGGCUAAAAUGCCACCCACACAUGCACACACCGACACACACACACACACAUACACAUCAAUGCAGGGAAUUUUUACGUAGCGAAAAACCGAACCGCAGUAGAGCAGACUCGCGACAGAGAGCGUAAGGAUUAUGUAGUAAAGAAAAAGGCACUAAAAACCCCAUCCUAGCAUUUCGGGUACUUGUUUAACUGACCAGCGAAAGCGAGAAGAAGCGAAAGAUCACAUCUCAUCUCAGUGUGCAGGAGGACAAACGUGUAGCAUGUAGUGUUGAUGAACUAUUUUCGAACGCAGUAGUACAGUUUCGCGUAGCAUUUCGCAUACUUAUCAGCUACAGAGUUGAAAAAGAAAACAAACAAACAAACCAUCAUCGAAAGUGUGCCGUGGGCCAUCGGGUUUUAUGCAAGGUUUAGAUAGUCUUAUACCGGAACGUGUAGCUUUCCACGGAGAAUGAGGGAUUUUGGACCAGUGUUCUACGCGUGUCAUUACUAGCCAUAGUUGUACUGUAUCUAGCGAUAUACAGGGAUUGCACAAUAUAGAUUUCUGCUUCUUUCUGUUUUUUUUUCCAAACCGUGCCCCGACAAUGUGUCACCUUGUGUCCGGUAGUUCUCAACGUUUAAAUUCCACCGGCGUAAGUGUACAACUCUCCUCCACCGUAUACAGCCCAACGAGAUGCGUUACUUCGGAAUCGUAAGCGCCUAAAUGUAGACAGGAGUGGUUCAAUAAUGUACCUUUCCUGUGGAGUCGCGGAAUCCCAAAGACAUUACAUAACUUCGGCGGUAUACCGUUGGGCGCAGAAGUACACGAUGCCAAAUUUCGACGUAAUGAAUAAUUCUCCUUAACCAAAAAGCGUUUUGUACGCUAUAAAGAUACAUUUAGAAUCGGUCCAAGCUGUACGCUGAUGGUUUAGCAAACAGGCAACUAACAAGGUUAUCACAAAAGUAGAAGAAUGGAAAUGCUUCUAAGAAAUUGAAGCGUCUAGAAGGGCCAGAAACAAAUGUUGAGCAAACAUUGAUUGAACUAGCUUUAAAACUAACAAACAAUUCCAAAAAGUUCAGUACUCUAUGUAUAGAGUAAGUGGCCCAGAUUGAAAAGCAACAA